AUGCAGCAGACACUCGACAGGCAAGUCGAGGAAGCGGAAAAGAGGACUCGCCUGGAGCUGCAGGAGAGGCUGGACCAGCAAGAAGGGGUCGUAGAGCAGCUCAAGAUGGAUCUCGAGAAGGUAGGAAAUUAUGUUAGUAUUGAUGGACUUACCUCCACCUGCCGCUUCCACCUCCACCUCCGACAGACAACGGCGGAGCUUGAACGCGAGAGGAGCGAAGGCGCGGAAAUCGUUCGUCUGGUGGAGGCGGCGACGGAGGCCGAGCUAGGUCAAGUGAGGUCGAGUCUGCACGCCCAGCUGGCGGAGGAGCACCAGAACGUCAUCAGACUUCGUAGUGAGAUGGCAGCCAUGAGGAAAAACUUCGUCACCGUGCAGAGGGAGCGAGAGCAGAAGGAGGAGGACCUGAGAGCGCUGGCGGACGACAAGGCCAAGCUGCAGUCGUCCAUCCGGGGUCUUGAGCGCGAGCUGGCUGCCCUCAGGCGCGAGGUCAACCACAGGGACGACAUCAUUCACGACAGGGAGAGCAAAAUCACCAACACGAGGGAGAGAAUAGGAGAGCUGGAGAAGCAGAGGUUCCUCCUCGACCACCAACUCGGCCAACUCAAGGAGGAGCUCGAGCCACUGCAGGCGGCACUCGAUCAGAGGUCACACCAGAUCAAGCAGAUGGAGGAAGAGAUGAGCGAGACGCGGCUGGUGGUGAGCGCCCGCGACCGCCAAGUGAAGGAGCUCGGGCAGCGGCUGGUGACGGCGGGCCAGCAAUCGCGGCAUUUGCAACAGAGGAACCACAACCUCGCAACAACCCUCACUCGCGUCUUGGCCGAUCUGGCUUCAGCGACGCAUCUCAUUCAUCAUCCGAAGAAGCUCAAAGAUGCGGUUAAGACUCUGAACGAUAAGUACGUUCAGAGCGGACGACUUAAGGAGUUCUGGACUCGACCGGAUUUGGAUAAGAUUGCGACUUCUUCUGCUGACGACAUGGCCAAAGCAGACUCGAUGGGCGAGGAGGCGGUGCCGGAACUCCUGCGCCAGAGGGAGAUGCUGGAGCGGUCAGUGGCGACCCUCCGUGCACAGGCGCAGAAGCAGGCACGAGCUAGCAAGGACCGGAUCACCACGCUCGUGAAGCGGCUUCUGCUUCUGCAUGAAAGUGCUGCCCAGUGUCGAUUGGAGCAUUGUGCAAAAAAUUUCCUACCUCACUCUCUGCGACGUAGAUCAUCCGAAAAUAGACCCUCAGAUUCAACCCUGGAGAACAGCGACCUCCUGUCCUCCGUGAAGACGCUGGAAUCCCGGUGCUGGCGUCUCGAGGAGGACCUCCGUCAGGCUGAGAGCAUGGCAGGUCUGCGGGAUCCUCGGUCAGGGCGUCGCAAGGCCUCGAGGGAUCUCCUAGUGCAGACGGUGACUCGCCAGGCGGACACCAUCGCUCGCCUGCAGGACCAGAUCAGGACGCUGCAGGAGAACCAACGGAAGGAAGAAGGAGGCGACGAAGACGACCAGACAGGCGACGCGAAACCUCAGCCAGCGGAGUCGGAGGACGUCGACGGCGCCAAGCAGUCUAUCGUGCCACAAGAGGAACCUCCGGCGGCCAGGGCGGCCGUUGCGGCUAUUAUUGCCCACAAGGGAUUAUUGUUAUUAUUACCAGAAUUGAGGAAAUAUUAG